GGGGAGGGGGGGGAGGGGAUGGGGCAAAAGCGGCAACGACGUCACGGUUUUCUAGCAUGUUCUGACGGCGACCGGAUAGAGACUUGAGGAGACCGGCUGUGGGACGCUUUGGUGAAGAGGAGCCUCUGUGAUCGGUGGCCUAGCUGUCGAGCUUCAUUCUUUCUCCUCCCCCCCUCUCCUUCCUCAGACAGAGCGGGAUCACUCCCCCUCCCCCACCCCGGUGUUAGGGUCCUCCCCGCUUUAAUUCAUUGCUUCUGCUUCCACCUUCACAUACACCACCCCCCCCCCCCCCCCCCCCCCACCCCCGGAGCCCAGCCGCACCGACUCAUCUUACUGUCACUAUGGCCAAGUGGGGACAGGGAGACCCGCGGUGGAUCGUGGAGGAGCGGGCCGAUGCCACGAAUGUCAAUAACUGGCAUUGGACAGAAAGAGAUGCCUCGAAUUGGUCCAUAGACAAACUUAAGUCACUGUUGUUGGCAGUCAAUGUAGAAAAUGAAGAGGGAGUGUGCAAAGUGACAGAAGUGAGCAAGAUUGAUGGUGAAGCUUCAAUUAACAACAGAAAAGGAAAACUGAUUUUUUUCUUUGAGUGGAACAUCCAACUGUCAUGGAUAGGAACAUCAAAGACUGGAAUUAAAUAUAAAGGAACUGUGGAGAUACCAAACCUCUCGGAUGAAAAUGAUAUUGAUGACAUUGAUGUUAUUGUUGGGCUAGCAAAAGAUGAGCCUGACACAAAGUUGUUGGCUCUAAUGAAAAAUGAUGGUGCAAAAAAGAUCAGGGAGGCACUUCUCAACUACAUUGAUACACUGAAAUUAGAAUUCACUCAGGGAAUGAUUUUGCCAACAGUUAAUGGAGUUCAGAAGGAACCAUCACAGUCCAAGCCCAAGGUUGAACUGCAGGCCAAGAUCCCUACAGGACAGUUACCCAGUCAGCAUACGUCAGUUGGGGUUAAGAUUCCAACUUGCAAAAUUAACUUAAAGGACUAUUUCAUGACAUCACCUGAAGAGCUAUACAGGAUCUUUAUCACACAAGAGCUUAUUCAGGCUUUCACACAUGCACCAGCAGUUGUUGAGGCUACUAAAGGAGGAAAAUUCCGACUGCUUGAUGGAAAUGUCAGUGGAGAAUUCUUGGAACUGGUUUCUGAGCAACGAAUUGUUAUGAAGUGGAGAUACAAGUCAUGGCCAACUGAACAUUAUGCAACUAUAAAACUAGUCUUCUGCAGCAAGAACGAUGGAACAGAACUUCAGGUGGAGUGCAAAGGUGUUCCAGUGGGCGAGGAAGAUCAGACAAAAUCAGGCUGGCAGCGUUACUACUUUGAAGGCAUUAAGCAGACUUUUGGAUACAAUGUACGACUGUUUUAAUGGGAUGAUCUCCUAGCUAACUUAUGAAAUACGGAAAAGCUUUAGACCUUUUUUCAUUUCACUGUUCUGUUCAUUCUCUUUUGUUAGCCCAGCCAACCUGCAACUAUGACAAUGGAUACUUUCAAUGGAAUGUCUUUUUUCCAGCAGCCAAAAAACUCAUUCAGUUAAGUAUAGCCUUAGAAUGGGAAAGACCUUUUUUCCCAAUCCAUCUUGAAGAAUGAGAACAUUGAACAUAUUAAUUGUGAAAUUCUAAAUGAGACCAACAUGAGAAUUUCCCACUGUAUGUUGUACAGAUGUGUAAAAUACUAGUUCUCGUCACCAGUGUGACUUUUUCAGCACUAACUGCAGUAUACUGCAAGGUAUGGGGUUUUUAUGGAUUGAGCAAAAUGAACAGUGAACGAAAGAAGAUUGGAGAAGUUUCUUGCCUUCCCUUAAGUCUAUUUCUCUCCCCCUGCACCCCCCUCCCUAAAACCCACACUCCCAAACAAUAAACCUUUCACUCUAUCUGCAGUGUUUACCUACAUCUGCAGUAUAUGCCUACCCCAGACUCUGAAAUGGACACUUUGUUUAAUUUUUACAGCUGUUCAGGGAAAGCAGACCUCAGAUCAGCCAUCUGUUUGCAUCUUAUGCUUAUCCACUGAUAUUAAACUCAGUAUAGCAAUGUGACAGUGAAGGGAUCAAAUAAAAGCUAGGAGUGGAAGAAAAACUUUACUGAUGGUUGCAGUUUUUUCAAAUGUGAUUAUUACAAAUGAUGGGUGGAUUGGGUGCAAUGCAUUCUACUGAUGUAAUUGCUGUAACACUGUGGCUAAGGUUGUUUUCCAGUGAGUUAAGAAUUCACUGUAUACAAGAGAUUGAGCCACAUGAAAGUUGGUCAGAUAGCAAAAUGGGUCAAUUUAUUCAUCUAUCAUGGUCCAUAAAAGGCUAUACUGCAUCCUUCUAAGGAACUGCAAGGGAAUAAAUGUACUGUAAUUUCCUAAUGUAACAAUUUAUAAAAAUUGGCUUUUUUUUUAAUGGUAGAACACAUGGCAGUCCGAAGAUUGGCACUGGAAAUAAUGCCUCAGAAUUUGCUGGAGCAGAGCACCUUGUGUGCCACAUUAAACUUUUUUUUUGUCGCCCUACAACUCAAGAUUUUUUACGCUGAAAGUUGCCAGAAGUGAGGGUUUAUAGUGAUAGGCUGAGGUCAAUGCAGCAUCUGGGACUUGGCGAAUAACAGUAUCUCUUUAAACCAGUGAGGAUUGAGAAAGAAAUGGAAACAACUCAGAAGGGAAUUGGGUAAAUUAAUAAAUAAAGAAGGGGAGAAAGAUUGGAUUAAAGGCAGGUUGGAGGAAGACAAAGGAAAAUCAAUCAUUUACUACCUGUAGGAAUGAGACUUCACAGUUUAAAUUGUUCCCUAUGUGGACUAGAGCAGUUGACUAAUGUUGCAGGAAUAUGUGUCUCAGCAUUAAAUUACUUGGGCUGUACUAGCUCACGCUUCCUGUGGAGAGUUUAAUUGGCAGUGAAUGCACAAAAUUCAACUUCUGUUGAGGUGAGGGUGAAAACUAAGUGCCAUAAGUAUAAGCUAGUCAUCAACAAAUCAAAUAGGGAAUUCAGGAGAAACCUCUUGUGGAACUUUGCACAAGUAGUUGAGGCAUAUGGCAUUGACUCAUUUUAAGGAAAGCUAAAUAAACACUUGAGAGUAAGGAAUAGAAUGUUCUGGAAAUAUUCAGCAGGUCUGGCAGCAUAUGUGGAGAGAAGCCAUUAAAACUUUCAAAUCAACUGGAAAAAGUUAGAUACAACUGGUUUUAAUCAAGUGCAGAGGCUGGGGAGAGGGGUUGGGAGAGGGGGGGAGAACAAAGUCUGAUAGGUUGAAGACAAGAUUAAAUGACGAGGGAUAAAGAUGGAAAGCGAUUAGGCACUUCACAGCCUUCUGGAUUCGACAUUGAGUUUAGCUAUUUUGGGUUGUAACCUCUGAUCUGCCUUUUUGCUUUUGGACAGCAGCUGUUGGUAAUGAUUUACCUCUUCCAUUUACAUUUUCUCUAGACUCACCUUGCUUCUUGUGGAGGGGGGAAAACCUAUUGUCUCCCCCUUUUGCCUUGCACUAUUAUUCCUUUUUGUCAUGUAAUCCCUCCUGUCUUCAACCCUAUCACAGAUCUUUCCUUUGUUCCCCAACCCAUGCCCUGUUGAGUUAAUGAAACUGAGGUUAGGGUGAGCUUCCAUUUUCUUGAGGCUAACAGCAAAGUGAUCAGCAACUAAUGGCCAUUCAUAACAGAUGAGAGAUUUCUUCCUCUCCACAAGUUGCUGACUGGGGUGAGCACUGUUCAACUCAUUAUUGUAUCAGCAAAUUCUUGGUUAAUUUCAUUGCAAAUUAACAGCUGAUCUGCUCAGACUAUAAGAUUUCAUUUGAUAAGUGACUUGCGCGUGUGCUUUUUGUGAAAUUAAAGUUCUAAGCCUGAUCUUUUGCAGUUUGCAACAAUGCAUUGGCAGAUAUUGGGUUAAGUAUCCAUGCUGAAUUGUAUGUGUACCAGAACAAUAGGUGUAGGCUGGUUGUCCAUCCCCAUGUACAUAUUGCACUUGUCACAAGUUACUUCAUUAAAUACAAUUUCUACUUAAA